AUGACUGCAAAUAGUCAGUGUAAUUCAAACAAAUGUAUUUCCGAUAAAAUACCAAAGGUGAAAAAAUGCAGUUCAAGUUACCCUAGGGAUGGUUCAACAUCAGCGAAAAAAAUACGAGUUAAUUGUUCUUCAUCAUCAGAUGAUGAACCACCAAGUGCUUUUUCUGAUAACCUGAAAAAUAAGAAUGAUAUAACAAAUUUGCAUUUACGCAAACUAGGUGAAAAUACACAGAAAAUUGAUGAUAAUCUAAAUGUUGCAAAUUCACAAUUAGAUUUUAUCAAAACAGGUUCACACACAAAAAAAAAUCAAUUUAGCAACAAUCAAGCGUCAACUGAUAAUGAUGGCCAAGUGAUAGAUACGUUCGAAGGUACAGAUAAAACAACUUCAAAACAUUUAUUUAAACAAAACGAUAAUACUAUAAACUUUAACACAUCAUCAAGUAAUGAAGAUUUAAUUUUACCAGUUACUAAAAUCAAACUACAGAAAACUACCACUGUUCAGACCAAGUCUACUACUAAAAACAAAAAACGAAUGCCCGAUGGAAAAACCACUUUUGAUGUUUCGAACAACUCUGAUUCUUUGUCAAGUGACGACGAAAUAACUAUAUCUAUCAAAAGUAGUCCAGCAAGACUUUCUUAUGAUGACGAACCAAUUAAACCUGUAAAAAGAAUUGAAGCUAAAUCUUCACUCCACGUUGAUUCUUCAUCAAGUGAUGAUGAACUUGUUAAAGCUGUACAAAAAACUGUUUUUAAACCUUCUGUUCACAAUGAUUCUUCUUCAAGUGAUAAUGAACCUGUUAAGCCUGUACAAAGAACUGUUAUUAAACAUUUAGUUCAUGAUGAGUCUUCUUCAAGUGAUGAUGAACCAGUUAAACCUAUACAAAGAACUGUUAUUAAACCUUCUGUUCCCAAUGAUUCUUCUUCAAGUGACGAUGAAAUAGUUUUACCGAAGGAGAAGAAAUUUAUAGAAAUAUGA